AUGAGUGAAUUGUCAAAUGCAACUAUUGAUCCGGCAAUUGCUGAGGGUUUACAACAACUAAAACAUUUAUCGAUUAGAGAUGUGGAUUCAUUGAAGAAAAGAAUUGAAAAGGAAUUAGGGUCUAAUCUUCAAAGGCUUAACGAUGAGCAUGCUGAUAUGGAUUCACCGCUGGUGGUUAAUGGGUUUCCUAGAGAUGAUAUUGACGUUUUGCAAGUUAGAUUAAUUAGAAGAAACGUCCACAUGUUGCGUAACGACUUGCAUAAGGUACUGGAGAGAUCUCAUGAAUUGAUCAAUCAGCAUUUCACCGAAUUACAAGCAAAGACAAGACAAGAGACGCAUGUUGCAGCUGACGUAGAGCACCGGAUACCUUUUGCAAAGAUCACAGAAGUAGUACCCGCCAGUCCUGCUGCUAAAGCAGGCUUUCAACUCGAUGAUCAACUAGUGUUAUUGGGUCACAUCCAUGCAGGUAAUCACAUGAAAUUGACCAAUUUACAAAAUACUGUAAUUCAAAAUGAAGAUAGGCAAUUGCCAGUUAAAAUCAUUAGAAAUGGUCGUACUAUACAAACGGCACUGACGCCUACUCGCAAAUGGGCCGGUAGAGGUCUAUUGGGAUGCCGUCUUGUUGAACUGUGA